AUGAUGCUGGCCAUCAUUCUAACACUCCUUACAUUCGCCCAGAGCGCUCCUGUCGGCCGGCCUGUCCCCGACGUCGUUGCCCGUCACGACCGGAAGCGCCCCGGCGUCAUCAUUGGCGCAGUCGUGGGCAGUGUCGUGGGAGCGUUCAUCAUUGCCUUUGCCAUUUUCUGGUGGCGUGGCAAAGGCUGCCUCGACCGGAAGCGACCCGUCACGCCUUCGCCACCAGAGUCGGCGCGUGCGAGCAUACAUUCGCAGCGGAGCCAGCAAAGUCGCAUCAUUGGCCGCGUCACGCACGAAGAGGGGUGGCACCACCUGCCGAACCCCACGGUGCCCAGCUCCGCGCCAUCUAUCAAGUCUGCCAGAGAAAAGGACGACCCCGGCGCUAGUGUGACGUCGUUGUCGUCCCCGAGAAAGAACGAUAACAGACUGCCGUACAUCAAGGCAUCGAGCCCUCCCCCUGCUCCAGCCGAGAACCCAUGGAAAAUUCCUCGCCCUCGCUCGGCGAACAGUGUCCGCUCCGGCACGAGCUCGCCCGUCAAGGAGCCCUACAUCCGAGUUUCGUCCGAGACGUCGCGGGAACGCCGGGUCAGCUUGCAAGAGCGCCUCGAGCAAAGGGAGCGGACGGCGUCUGAUCACAAGGAGGACCUCACAGAGCCCGGUGCGCGGGCAGCAAGCAUGAACCGCGACCCGCCGCUCAACCGCAAGCCGAGCUUCACUAUGAUGCUGAAGAACAGCUCGAGAGUGUCCCUUGGCGCAACUGGAGCGCCGAGCGUGGGCGGUUACGUCACGACACAGGAAAGACUCCGAAACCAGGAUGAGUGUAGUUGUUAA